GGACCCGGAAGAGGCUUUCAGUAGUGUUGUCAUAAGMGCUCAGCUGAUAGUUAACUACAAUAAAUAGGCAACGAACACGUAAUCUUUUCCGACAGAGUUCAGCAAUUCUCUUUUACAUCUGAUUUUGUUUUGUUUGCAUUUAUCGGAGGUGUCCCACAGCGUCGCCAUAAUGAACGUGACGCUCCAACGUACAUCUCCAAAAUGAUGGAAAACAGCGGGCCUGGGACGAAGGUUCUGCUCAUGGACAAAGAGACGACCAGUAUAGUGAGUGUAGUWUACACCCACUCUGAGAUUCUGCAGAAAGAGGUUUACUUGUUCGAACGGAUCGACUCUCAGAGACACAUGAAGCACCUGAAGGCCAUCUGCUUCCUUCGUCCCACCAAGAAUAACGUGGAGCACUUGAUCCAGGAGCUCAGGAGGCCAAAGUAUAUGGUCUACUUCAUCUACUUCAGUAACGUGAUCAGUAAAAGUGAGAUCAAAGCUCUGGCUGAAGCUGAUGAACAGGAGGUGGUGGCUGAAGUCCAGGAGUUUUAUGGAGACUUCAUCGCUGUGAAUCCUCACCUCUUCUCCCUCAACCUGCAGGGAGUUGCCAGGGGCCGUAGCUGGGAACCCUCCAUGUUGUCCCGCUGCACUCAGGGUUUGACCUCCGUCCUGCUCGCUCUGAAAAAAUGUCCCCUGAUCCGCUACCAGCUGUCCUCGGASAUGUCCAAACGCCUGGCGGAGAGCGUCAAGCAAAUCAUCACAAAGGAAUACGAGCUGUUCGACUUCAGGAAGACUGAAGUUCCUCCUCUGCUGCUGAUCCUGGACCGAAGCRACGACGCCAUCACGCCGCUGCUCAACCAGUGGACGUACCAGGCGAUGGUCCACGAGCUGCUGGGUCUGAACAACAACCGGAUCGACUUGUCCAGAGUCCCGGGGAUCAGUAAAGACCUGAGGGAGGUGGUGCUGUCUGCAGAGAACGAUGAGUUUUACGCCAACAACUUGUAUCUGAAUUUCGGGGAGAUCGACAACAUAAAGAACCUGAUGGAGGAUUUUCAGAAAAAGAAGCCGAGGCAACAGAAGCUGGAGUCCAUCGCUGACAUGAAGGCAUUUGUAGAUAACUACCCAAAGAAGAUGUCGGGCACCGUGUCCAAACACAUGACGGUGGUGGGGGAGCUGUCCCGGCUGGUGUCGGAGCGGCAGCUCAUGGAGGUGUCGGAGGUGGAGCAGAACCUGGCCUGUCAGAACGACCACUCCAACGCUCAGCAGAAUGUCCGACGGCUGCUGCAGAACCCUCGUAUUACAGAGCUGGACGCCGUCCGUCUCGUCAUGCUCUACGCUUUGAGAUACAAACGCCACAGCAGCAGCAUCCUCCCGUCGCUGAUGGACGAGCUGAGCAGGGAAGGAGUGUCUGAACGAUACCGAAGG